AUGGAGCCGGCACUGCGACGCAAGCAGCCCUGUCCCUGUUGGGACUCGAUGAAACGGCGCUGGUUCAAUCGGAAUCGUGGCGUCAUCCAACAGCUGGCCAAGGCUCUGAACAAACCUGACGACGAUGCUUUCGAAUUUCUGUGGCAGCUCACGUUGUCCAACUUCAGCAAAGUAUUGAAUCCGAAAGGUGCUGGCUGGAAUUGGUGUCGCGUUCCAUUGACGCGCGUAGACACCUGCGAUCUGUACGGCACCAUUUUCGAUCUCAACGGCAAUCUGCGAAGCCCGAUAGAACCGGCCAGUCUUUUCAAGCUGCUAGAACUGAUGAACUACUUUCUAAACCCAGCUAAAGAUCGAGGUGCCAAAGAUGCCGGCAUAUUUGGAAGAAAAAGACGCAAGGGCAGUAAGAAAGGCAAAUUGAAUGGCAAUUCCAGUAGCGAUCGCUUUAGCGGCUCUUUUGCGGCUGGGUUCAGCAACACCCCAGGAGGUCAAGCAUUUGGCAUGGGUGGAGGCCUUUUUGGCCCGGGUGGACCAUUUAGAGGUGGUGCCUUCGGCGCUGGUCCUGGUUUUGGCUGGGGCGGUCUCUUUGGUGGUACAUACGGAGCCGGCUAUGGAUGGGCACCAGGGGGUUUUGGACAUAGCGGUCGGCACGGUCAUGGCCAUGGUCGUGGGGAUCAUGGAUAUGGACGUGACGAUCGCUAUGGCAAAAGAAUGGGAGAUCCUGGUGGCCGCCCCUGGUGGUCGCAAAACGUUCCCGAUGGCAAAGGAAAUGGUUCCAAAAACAACAGCAAUCGUGGCUCGGCAAUUGGCGAAAUCUCCGAUCUAUACAACAAUGUGAUGGACAAUAAACACAAACGCGAAAUUUUAACCAGCAACCAGCCGCCAAAUGAAGAUCAGCAUAAGCCACGUCGAUUCUUGGGCCAAUCCUUGCCUGUGGCCGUGCAUGAACCAUUCAACAAAGCGAGGCCCUGGACCUGGGUACGACGUGAUCCCAGGCAGACGCGACUGCUCGUUGAUGGCACGCUUGGUCGCAACAAGGUUAAGCGCUACCGACGUGAAUCCGUCCAGCAGGCCUAUGAGGAAGCCAAAAAACGAUACUCUGUUCGUAGCAACUACAGUGUAGGUUCAAAAUCUGUGAAGUCAGCACCCAUGUUUGGGAAGGAAAUAAAGAAGGGGAACACCGCUAAGAGAAUGGACUACAAGCGUAUGCAGAAAAUGCAUAGCAGAAGCCAAUCAUCCUUAGCCUCCUUAAGCCAAAGUCAGCGCAGUACUCACUCAGUUGCAAAAAAGCAGCGUAGGCCCCAUCGUGUAAAAAAGUGAGUGAAGUUUGAAUAAAAAUUGAAAUUGUUGCGGUCGCGA